AUGGGUGAUUUACCUCCCGAGAGAGUCUCUCCAACAUUGCCUUUCCUUUCCACGGGUGUGGAUCUUUGUGGUCCACUGUAUUAUCGUCAUCCACAGCACCGUUCGAAGACAACAAAAUGUUAUGUCGCAAUUUUUGUCUGUUUAUCCGUAAAAGCGGUUCAUAUCGAACUAGUGGGAGACCUCUCCACCGGUUCGUUCAUCGCAGCGCUCCGGAGAUUUAUUGCACGACGUGGAAAACCACGCCUUAUUGAAUGCGAUAACGCAACAAAUUUUAAGGGUGCUACACGAGAACUAUGGGAACUUGAACAACAGUUUAAUUCGCAGCAAAUGAAGCAGGCUAUCCAACGUUCAUGUGCAGAGGACAGUAUCGAGUUCAAAUUUAUUUCACCUCGUUCACCGAACUUUGGAGGCUUGUGGGAGGCCGCGGUGAAGUCGGUCAAGACCCAUCUUCGUGUCACUCUCGGUAAUUCAUCGCUAACAGCAGAACAGCUAACCACCCUUCUAACCCAGAUAGAAAGCUGCCUGAAUUCGAGGCCGCUCACCCAGCUCUCAGCUGAUCCCGAAGAUCUCGAUGUGUUAACUCCGGGACAUUUUUUAAUCCAUCGCCCACUCACUGCAGUAGCCGAACCGUCACUCGAAAGCAUUCCCUCGAACCGACUCGAUCGCUGGCAGAUCGUACAGGAAUAUUUACGCAGGCUGUGGAAACGGUGGAACACGGAAUACCUCUCCAGCUUGCAGCCUCGUACCAAAUGGACCACUGAAAAAGACAAUAUCCGUAUCGGAACUAUGGUUCUGGUAAAGGAGGACAACCUGCCACCCCUCAAAUGGCGUUACGGAAGAGUGACGCACAUCUUCAACGGACCUGACGGCAAAAUCCGUGUCGUUAUCGUGAAAACAAAGGAUGGAGAAUUCAGGCGCGCAAUAUCCCGGAUCUGCGUGCUCCCGAUACGCGACAACUCACCAUGCUCAACCACAGGACAAUGA